CAAGUGCUGUAGUACCUCUGUAAUGCAGCUCGUGUUGCCUUCACGUGCUCCGUAAACAAUGAUUUGAAUCACCACGUCCUCUCGCCUUUUGUUACUUUAAGGACUGUCCCGUAAACAAACCACAGCUUGUUCUCGUCCACUUGCUUCUAAAUGACCUCCCCCUCGACUCGUUUUUAAGUUUCGGUUUCCUUUCUCUUUUGUCGGGCGUCGCUCUCUGGAAGGAGUCGAGUCCACUCUGCCUCGACAACAGCCCGAGUUGGCUCUGAGCAGAACUCCUUCCAGGAUGACUUCAGUCAUCUCCAACUUUGUCACCAAGACCCUGUGCGACCACCGGGGGUGUUUGGACUUCAAGCGGCUGGACGAGAAGAUCGCACAGAAUUUCACUGUCGCGGAAACGGUCCUCCGGGCCGUCCUCUUCGACGACGGUAAGGUAGCCAUCCAGGGAGGACGGCAGGAAGCCGUCCGAGGACAAAUCCUCAGCCAGGACAGUCUGCUGGUGGCGAAGACCAGCCUGCGGGUCUGUCAGAGGAAACCCGGAGAGUGUGAGCAGUGCGACGGGUUACACCUGUGCAGGUACUACGUGUGCGGAGACUGCACUUUCGGACUCAAGUGUAAAAAUCCCCACCGUCUGUCUCAUGCACACAACGCAGGGAUUUUGAAACGACAUGGGCUUCACGAUUUGACAGAGAAACAGCUGUUCCAGCUGUUACUGCAGAAUGAUCCUUAUCUGCUUCCUGAGAUCUGCCAACAUUACAACAAGGGAAAUGGUCUGCACGGCUCCUGCAAGUUCACCACCUCGUGCACCAAGCUUCAUGUCUGCCAUCACUAUCUCCACGGUGACUGCAAGUUUGGCCCGUCGUGUAAGAGAUCCCACAGUGUUAACGUGCAAGAAACGAAUGUUCUCCGAGGAGUCAGUCAGGAGAACAUUAAAAACCUUCUUGAGAUCUACAAAAAUAAAUCCAUCAUCCUGGGUCAACAGGAGAGACCAGCUGUUCCCGUGCUGCCAGAGGUUAGACCCCCAACUCAGCAGCUUUGCCAAAAAUCCCCGACUAGUUCCAUGAGCGACGCUGACCGGAAUGAAAUCUGCCUCUUCUUCAUUCGCAGACACUGCAGCUUCAAGGAUAAGUGUGCCCGUGUCCAUUGGCACCUGCCUUUUAGAUGGCAGGUGUUAGACAGUGAUGGUGUGACCUGGAAAGACCUUCCCAAUAUGGAAGACAUUGAGAAAGCCUACUGUGAGCCGGGAAAUGACACAAGCUCCACUGAUCCACCAUCGUCCACCAUGGCGAUUUUCAGACUCUUGUCUUUUCAAAGUUCUGAAUCCCGCCCCUGCGUCGACUUCAUGGCAAUGACAUAUGGACAAUCUCGAGUUCGUCGCCUGUCCACUGCCUCCUCUGUCUCGAAGCCCCCUCACUUCAUUCUUACAACACAGUGGCUCUGGUACUGGAAGGAUGACAGCGGCAUAUGGCUGGAGUUUGGACAGAGUGAUGGCGGCAUACCGACCUCUGUCACUUCUCAAACUCUGGAGAAUGUGUACCUGGCAGACAGAGAUAAAGAGAUUCCUUUUGGCGCUGGCAAACAGCAGUACAUCCUCCACUUCCAAGGUGCAGCAGGAGCACACCAGAUGUUUCAGGAGAAUGUAAAAUACAAGACCAAGAGAGAGGUCAGAAGGAGGCCCUGCUUCGUGUCUUCUCAUGAUGUGGAGGUGAAGCUGAACAGUGCAUCGACACACAGCUCCAGUUCCUCCACAGCUGAAAGUUUCCCAUCCUACUGGGACACAACUGCCCAACCGGACUUUGGCUGCAAGCUCGUACCGCUCUCUAAAUCUGCGAAGGAGUAUAACAGGAUUGACACGCUGUUUAAGCUCACCAUGCCCCAGAGUAAAAUUAACAACAUCCAGAGGAUCCAGAACCCCUCUCUGUGGAAAGUCUUUCAGUGGCAGAAAGAGCAGAUGAAGGAGAGGAACGGAGCUACAUCUGGGAAUGAGCAUUACUUGUUCCACGGGACAGAAGAGACGCUGAUUGAGGCCAUCUGUGAGCAGAACUUUGACUGGAGGAUGUGUGGUGUCCAUGGCACGGCGUAUGGCAAAGGGAGUUACUUUGCCAGAGACGCGUCCUACUCAGACAGAUAUGCCAGGGCCAAAAGAAGCCUGAACAAGAUCAUGUUUGUGGCUCUGGUCCUGGUGGGGGAGUACACCAAGGGAAGGAGCAGCUAUGUGCGGCCCCCACUAAAAGGAGACGGCAAAACCCUCUACGACAGUUGUGUAGACUGCGAGAGCAACCCCAGCAUCUAUGUUGUCUUUGAAAAACAACAGAUUUAUCCAGAGUAUAUCAUCGACUACUCAUGAGUUACAAUGCUGUUGCUUUCCUGAGUCGACUGGUCGGCAGUCACCCAACUUAUUAUGGGAUGCAUUCCACUUGGACUGGAAUUAGUGGCUUUGGUAAAGGUCCAUGUGUUUUCACAUUGGUGGGAGAAGUAUUUCUAGUUCUGCACUCAAAAUCUUACUUUAGUCAAAUAAUUUACUGAUAUUGUUACGCUAUUUUUCUCUGAAGACUAGAAGUAUAAAGGAGGUUACAUUGUGUGAUUAUUAGUGUCUUGAUGAAUUUGUGUCAGAAAUUAAUGCUUAUUCCUUGGCCAAUGACUAGUCUUAUGAUGUUGUUGUUGCUACAAGUCAAAGGUUAAUGAGGGGCACACAAUCUGGUGUUCAGAUAUGGAAUCAACUGGUUAUGUAAUACAUAUAUUACAGUAUUUGUCUAAUAUCAGCUAAAUCAGUUUGAAUUACUCCAUAACUAUUCUAACUGUUCAUAUUAUACUGUAUUUGUUUGUUAAAAUGCUAUUAAUAAAGCAGAGAAGAAAAACAUCGAUAUAA